AGUUAGGUGAGUUACAGUCCAGCAUGAGUGAGUUACCUGCACGGUAGCUGCGGGGUGGGCUCUAACCAGAUAACAAGGCCACCGUUUCUUGGCAGAGAGAAAUAAGAUCAUUUGGAGAAGAAAGAUAAUUUCUCCCUUGAGUCACAACGAGAAAGAAACUGAAAAAAGAGCGCAAAAGCUAUGCUGCUCCAAUCAAAACUGAAAAUGCUUUUCUGUGCCUGAGCAACUUUGAGAGGAUUGACUUAAGUGGAUGAGAUGAUUGCUUGGCUGAUCUCUCUGAGAAGUAUUGAAAUGCUACUUUUGGCAGUGCCUUGCCUGAGUUUCCACAUUGAACCUGAAGAAGGUAGCAUUGCAGGGGGAACGUGGAUCACAGUCAUUUUUGAUGAUUUGGAGUCCAGUCUCCUUUAUCCCACCAAUGGUUCUCAGCUGGAAAUACACCUGGUGAAUGUGGCUGUGCCUGCACUGCCCAGCAUCCCCUGUGAUGUCUCCCCUGUCUUCUUGGAUUUGCCGGUGGUGAUGUGCAAGACCAGGUCUCUGCUGUCCCAAGUACAUGAGGGCAUGUACCGCCUGGAAGUGCACUCUGGGGGACAGGUGGUAGGCAGCCCAACUGCAGGACUGCCAGACAGCUGUUCUUUCAAGUUUUCCAGGGCACAGACACCCAUUGUUUACCAAGUGAGUCCACCAAGCGGAGUUCCAGGACAACUAAUACAUGUGCAUGGCUGGAUUAUCACUGGACGAUUGGAAACCUUUGAUUUUAAUGCUGAGUACAUUGAUAGCCCAUUGAUCUUGGAAGCUCAAGGAGACUACUGGGUCACUCCUUGCUCUCUUGUAAAUAGGCAGACUGGAAGCCGCUACCCCCUUCAGGAAGAUCAUGGUCUUGGCACUCUGCAGUGCCGUGUGGAAGGCAACUAUAUUGGUUCCCAGAAUGUUAGUUUCUCAGUAUUUAACAAAGGAAAGUCAAUGGUCCAUAAGAAUGCAUGGCUGAUCAGUGCUAAACAGGACCUUUUCCUGUACCAGACAUACUCAGAAAUACUGUCUGUGUUUCCAGAAACUGGGAGCCUUGGGGGAAAAACAGACAUCACAAUUACAGGAGACUUCUUUGACAUCCCUGCCCAGGUCACCAUUGCAGGCAUUCCAUGUGAUGUUAGACACGUGUCUCCCACGAGGAUUGCAUGCACCACUAGGGCCCCGGGAGAAGGUGCAAGGCUCACUGCUCCUCAGGCAGGCAACCGGGGGCUUCUUUUUGAGGUUGGAGAUGCUGCUGAGGGCUUAGACCUGACCGAAGCCACCCCUGGGUACAGGCGGCAGAUUGUCCCUAACGCCAGUUCUCCAUUUGGAUUUUGGUCAAGGGAAGGGCAACCUUUCAGAGCACGGCUCAGCGGGUUCUUUGUGGCCCCAGAAACAAAUAAUUACACUUUCUGGAUCCAGGCGGACAGCCAAGCUUCCCUGCAUUUCAGUCUGUCAGAGGAUCCUAGGACCAAGGUGAAGGUGGCCUCCAUCAGGGUGGGCACUGCUGACUGGUUUGACUCCUGGGAGAAUGGGAAUGAUGAAGGCACCUGGCAGCGGAAGUCCCCCAAGUUGGAGCUGCUCAGGGGAGCCAGGUACUACCUGGAGGCAGAGCAGUGUGGGAAAGCCCCCAGCAGGGGCAUGAGAAUUGGUGUCCAGAUCCACAACACCUGGCUGAAUCCGGAUGUGGUCAGCACCUACCUGCGGGAGAAGCAUCAGAUCCGAAUCCGCGCUCGGAGACUUCCGGAGAUCCAGGUGCUAACUGUGUCUGGAAGUGGGAACUUCUUCCUUACUUGGGACAAUGUCUCUAGCCAGCCUAUCCCUGCAAAUGCCACAGCCCGUCAGAUUCAAACUGCCAUUGAAGAGUUACUUGCAGUCAAAUGCCAGCUGGAACCCUUUUCGGCUAACAUCCUACUUCGCGUUGGAUUUGAAGAAGGCCCAGAAGGUUCCAGCUUUGAUGGGGACCUCACCAGUGGGACAGAGCCCUUCUGUGGGAGGUUCAGCCUCUGUCGGCCUCGACACCUUGUCCUCACACCCCCUGCUGCCCAGCGGGGCUACCGGCUGGACCAGUACACACAGCUGUGCAUGGCAUACAAAGGCCACAUGAAUAAGACCCUGAAGGUGACCGUGUCUUUCACAAUCGAUCUUCAAAACAUCAUUAAGAACAUCACCUGUGACUGGAGUCUCAUCGGAACCAGUCCCGAAAGCUGGCGAUUCACUUGCACUAACCUCUGGAAGACUUGUGUGCAUUGCUCCACGCAUCUCCAGAGGCCUCUGGCAAACUCCCCAGUGCUGGUUCAUCGAAUUGACCUCUUCCCUCUGGCUCUGGAGACGGGAGUGUUCUGUGUGGAUGAAGUUAUUAUUGCAGACACAAACCUAACAGUUUCUCAGGCUGAUUCUGGAACAGCUCGCCCAGGCGGGAAUCUGGUGGAAUCACUCUCUGUGGUGGGAUCCCCUCCAGUCUACAAUGUAACCUCCUGGUUGGCAGGGUGUGGCUCAGAGCUCCCGCUCCUCACUGCAAGCGCUGUGCCCAUCAAAGGAGCAGAAGAAGGAUCCGGGUUGGUCCAGGUGGCAACGCAGAGACUUCAGAGAACAAGUCCACCUUUAGGAGGACACUUUCGCAUCCGCCUUUCUAAUACAGUGAUUCCUGAUGUUCCUGUACGUAUUUCAGCUAGUCACCUUUGCAAGCUCUUACAGAACAAUGCUGAUGACAUCACAUCCAGGUAUCUCAAUGUCAGUGACUUCACUGUGAAGGAGGAUCUGAAGUCUUGCUACGAACAUGUAUGGACUCUCUCCUGGUCCACCCAGGUUGGGGAUUUGCCCAAUUUCAUCCGGGUCUCUGAUGAAAAUCUAACCGGAGUGAACCCUGCUGCAACCACUCGUGUGGUAUAUGAUGGUGGAGUUUUUCUUGCACCCAUAUUUGGAGACAUGUUGGUUACUGCCAACCAGCACACUCAGGUAGUUGUGCAAGUGAAUGACAUACUAGCUCAUUGCUCAGGUUCCUGUUCUUUCCAGUAUCUUGAAGGGUCAACUCCCCGGGUCCACUCCGUGUGGUAUGCCCUUGAUGGUGACAUGGACCUACUGGUUUAUAUUACUGGAACUAGUUUCUCGGGGAACUCCCAGGCCUUGCAGAUUACAGUGAAUAAAACAAGUUGCAAAGUUAUUUUCUCAAACCAAACACAUGUAGUCUGCCAGACAGACCUGCUACCUGUCGGAGUGUAUCAGAUCUCAGUGCUGGUGAGACCCUCGGGUCGUGCCAUCAAUGCCAGUGGAGGAGGCCUCUUCCUGAAUGUGGAACCCAGACUGGAUGCUGUGGAGCCUCCAAGAGCUGCAGAGAUCGGAGGACUCUGGGCCACCGUCCGAGGCUCUGGUUUGGAAGAUGUCAGCCUCGUUUUAUUUGGAUCUCAGUCUUGUGCCAUCAAUGUCACCACAAGCAAUUCACGGAGAAUUCAAUGCCAAGUUCCACCCAGAGGGAAAGAUGGAGCCAUUGUGGAUGUGACGGUGAUCAGAGGGGACCAUUCUGCAGCUCUUUCCAUGGCAUUUACAUAUGACCCUUCUUUAAAUCCAGUGAUCAUUUCUCUGAGCAGAAACAAAAGUAACAUAGCAGGAGGUGAGACCCUUUUCAUCGGUGUGGCGCUGCCGGGGGACUGCUUGGAUUUGCAUGUGGAAGUCCACAUCCAGGAUUCCUUGGUUCGGGUUCAUGCGGAGACUGCCCAGGGCCUGGAGGUGGUGCUGCCCCCGCUGCCAGCUGGCCUCCACAGAAUCUCAGUCUCCAUCAAUGGGGUCAGCAUUCGUGCACAAGGGGUGGAUCCUCACAUCCAGUACAUCACAGAAGUUUUCAGCAUCGAGCCUUGCUGUGGGUCCCUCCUGGGUGGAACCAUCCUCAGCAUCAUACCAUGUAGAGACAGAAAUCUCGCUUUAAUUUGGGUGCUUGUGGGCAAUCGGUCCUGUGACAUUGUGAACUUAACAGAGACAGGCAUCUGGUGUGAGACGCCCACCCUCCUGCCGCCUGAGGCAGACAUCCUCACUGUCCCAGCCCCCGUGGAGGUCUGGGCUGGCAACAGGUCCUUCUCCCAGGCACCUGGACCACACCUGGUGGGGAAGGGCUUCACCUUCACGUACGAGGUGGCAACAACGCCAGUGGUCACUGCCGUGCGAGGAGAAUUCACAAAUAGCAGCCUGAGCCUCUAUGUGGAAGGAAAUAACCUCUCCAACUCAGUGAUGCUUCUGGGGGACUUGAGCUGCGACCUAGAGACACAGUCUUUCGGAAACAACAUGAGCCUGUCCGGGUGCUCCUUUCCUCUCCAUGGUUUGGAGGCCGGCGUCUAUCCCCUUCAAGUACGUCACAAGCAGAUGGGCUUUGCUAACAUGUCUGCGGUGCCCCAGCAAUUUGUGGUGACACCGCAGAUAAUGGCCAUCUCGCCAGCCCAGGGUUCUGCUUGUGGUGGGACGGUACUCACGGUGAACGGGUUGGCUCUCAACUCCAGGAGGAAGGCGGUUCAGGUGGAUCUUUCGGGUCCCGUUACUUGUGCGACUUUGAGCUUGGGGGACCAGACAAUCCUGUGCCAGGUUGACCUGCUGGGCGACUCCUUGCCUGGUGCUUCCUUCACCCUGAACGUCUCAGUCCUGGUCAAUGGGCUCCCCAGCGAGUGCCAGGGUAAUUGCACCCUUUCCUUGAGCGAAGAGACAACUCCUGUCGUGGAUGCCUUGACCACUAACAUCAGUGGGUCUCUGACUUCAGUGCUGAUUAGAGGUCAGAGGUUAGGCACCACAGCCGAUGAGCCAGCGGUAUAUUUGGAUGAUCAUCUUCCUUGUACUGUAACCUUCUUUAAUGCAAGCCACAUCACGUGCUGGAUAAGUGACUUGAGCCCGGGACUCCACUACCUAUCAGUUGUUCAUUCAAGAAAUGGGUAUGCUUGUUCUGGUAACGUUUCCAGACACUUCUCCAUUUUGCCUCAGGUGUUGGAUUAUUUCCCCAAGAAUUUCAGCACACAUGGCGGAGGCCUUUUGACCUUAGAGGGCACCGCCCUAAGAGGGCAGAACAGCACGUUGGUCUACAUUGGGCAGCGGGCCUGCCUGACGGUGACCAUCAGCGCGGAGCUCAUCCAGUGCACUGUUCCUGCAGGGAAUGGCUCUGCUGUCCUGGACAUAGAGGUGGAUGGACGUUCAUACCAGAUGGGCGCCAUUGAUUAUAGCAGCACCUUCACCCCGGAAUUGCUCUCUGUUUCUCACACUGGUGACGUCUUAACCUUUGUGGUGGCCCGGAUCUCAGGAGCUGAGAACGUUGACAUUUUUAUCGGGGUAUCCCCCUGUGUGGGUGUCUCUGGCAACUGCACGGUUCUCCAAUGCGUGGUCCCAGUCCUUGCUGCCGGGGAGUACCAAGUCAGAGGUUAUGACCACAUAAGAGGGUGGGCCUCAUCCGUCCUGGUGUUCACAUCGAGAGUUACUGUCACGGCAGUGACUGAGAGCUUUGGCUGCCUGGGUGGACGGCUUGUGCAUGUGUUUGGAGCAGGAUUUUCUCCAGGGAACAUCUCAGCUGCUGUGUGCGGUGCUCCCUGCCAAAUCCUGGCUAACGCUACAGUGUCUGCCUUCAGCUGCUUGGUUCUUCCCCUGGAUGUGUCCCUGGCUUCCCUGUGUGACCUGAAGCAUGAGCAGGAGAGCUGUGAAGCCGCCAGUCACACCUACGUGCAGUGUGAUUUGACUGUCACUGUGGGGGCAGAGAGACUGUCCGAAUCAUGGCCUUACCUCUACAUUUGUGAAGAAAGUUCCAAUUGCCACUGGACAGAAUCAGCCUUUCCAUUGUUCUCAGGCCUCUUCAUCAGCCCUAAAGUGGAAAGAGAUGAAGUUCUCAUCUAUAAUAGCUCCUGUAACAUUACCAUGGAAACUGAGGCAAAGAUGGAGUGUGAGACGCCUAAUCAGCCAAUUACCGCCAAGAUUACUGAGAUACGGAAAAGCCGGGGCCAGAACACUCAGGGCAAUGUUUCCUUUCAUUUCUGCCGGAGGUGGUCAAGGGCUUACAGCUGGUUUCCUGCACGGGCGCCACAAGAUGGCGACAAUGUCACGGUGGAGAAUGGCCAACUGCUCCUGCUAGACACCAACACAAGCAUUCUCAACUUCCUGCACGUUAAAGGAGGCAAGCUGAUUUUCAUGGAUCAAGGAACCAUUGAGCUCAGGGCGCACUCCAUCCUUGUUUCUGAUGGUGGAGAGCUCCGGAUUGGAUCUGAGGACAAGCCCUUCCAAGGCCAAGCUGAGAUCACACUGUAUGGGAGUUUCCACUCUACCCGCUUUUUUCCAUAUGGAGUCAAGUUCCUGGCUGUGAGGAAUGGAACUCUUUCCUUGCAUGGUUCACUACCAGAAGUAAUUGUCACUCAUCUUCGAGCAGCUGCCUCUGUCCAUGACACAGUAUUGGCUCUAGAAGAUGCUGUGGACUGGCACUCUGGAGAUGAAGUUGUCAUCAUCAGUGGAGUGGGUGUUGAAGGUGCCAGACCCAUGGAAGAGAUUGUCGUUGUGGAAACUGUGCACAAUGCAGACCUGUAUCUGAGAUCACCCUUGAGAUAUUCUCACAACUUCACAGAGAACUGGGUAGCUGGAGAGCACCACAUUCUGAAGGCCACAGUGGCCCGGCUCAGCAGGAGGAUUAUCAUACGAGGAAAUCUCACCAGUGAGAGGACAGAGUUCCUUGCUUCAUGCCAGGAGGCUAACACUUCAGAAGGUAAUUUGCAGCACUGUUUGUAUUCCAAGAGUGAGAAGAUGCUGGGGUCCAGGGACCUGGGGGCCAGAAUCAUCAUUCAGUCGUUCCCAGAGGAGCCCAGCCGGGUACAGUUGCAGGGAGUGCAGUUCCGGAACUUGGGGCAAGCCUUCCAUAAGCAUCUGAGCUCUCUGACUCUGGUGGGAGCUAUGAGAGAUUCCUACAUACAGAGCUGCACCGUGUGGGGCUCCUUCAGCCGAGGCCUCAGCAUGUCCGGGACCGUGGGCCUGAAGGUGGACAGUAAUGUGUUCUACGAUAUUUUAGGCCAUGCACUGCUGGGAAACACAGUGUGUGCUGCUGGUUUUGGCUACUUUUUCCAUCUUAUGACCAACCAAACAUCACAAGCUCCACUUCUCUCCUUCACGGGGAAUAUUGCACAUUCUUGUACAAGAUAUGGACUCUUUGUCUACCCUAAGUUUCAGCCACCUUGGGACAAUGACACUGGCCCCACCCUGUUCCAAAACUUCAGGGUUUGGGGAAGUGCAGGUGGCGUGCAGAUUUUCAGAACUAGCAAUCUUCACCUGAAAAACUUCCGAGUUUAUUCAUGCAGAGAUUUUGGAAUUGAUAUCUUGGAAAGUGAUGCAAAUACUUUAGUUACUGACAGCUUAUUCCUUGGUCAUUUUGCUCACCAGGGAAGCUUGUGUAUGUCAGCAGGGAUCAAAACUCCCAAAAGAUGGGAACUGAUGGUAUCUAACACAACUUUUGUUAAUUUUGAUCUCACUGGCUGCGUGUCCAUCAGAACCUGUUCGGGCUGUUCCCAAGGACAGGGUGGAUUUACUGUGAAGACCAACCAGUUAAAGUUUACAAACUCUCCCAGUGUAGUAGCAUUUCCAUUUCCUCAUGCAGCAAUUUUGGAAGACUUGGAUGGGUCUCUGUCUGGGAAAAAUGGAAGUCACAUUCUUGCUUCCAUGGAAACCCUCUCAGAUUCUUGUUUGGUCAGUGCCAGAUUCAGUCAGAUUGUCCCUGGCAGUGUCUGUGGGGAAGGUGUUUUCUUUCAUCGUAUGUCUAUUGGAUUAACUAAUGCUCCGGAUGUUUCUUAUGACUUAACCUUGACUGACAGCAGAAAUAAGACAACCACUGUCAACUAUGUGCAUGACACAUUGUCUAACCCUGAUGGCUGGAUGGCUCUGCUCUUGGAUCAAGAGACCUACUCACUGCGAUUUGAGACUCCUUGGACCAACAGAUCUCUGCAGGGAAUUUAUUCAAUGUACUCAGCAACAUUUGACAACUUUGCUCCUGGGAAUUACCUCCGGCUGGUCCACACAGUCCCGUGGCCUUCCCCUGACAUCCUCAUAAGGUGCGGGAGUCAAGUGGGGCGGUCGUUGCCCUCUCUUCCAUCGCCUGGUAAAGACCAAGGCUGUGACUGGUUCUUCAGUAGCCAGUUGAGGCAACUCACCUAUCUGGUUUCAGGUGAAGGUCAAGUCCAAGUGAUUGUCCAGGUGAAGGAAGGUGUGCCCCCAACUAUUUCAGCUACUACCUCUGUGCCUGAAUCAGCUUUAAAGUGGUCCCUCCCUGAAUCAUGGACAGGCAUUGAAGAGGGCUGGGGAGGACACAACCAUACCAUCCCAGGCCCUGGGGAUGACGUCCUGAUUUUACCAAACAGGACUGUCCUUGUGGAUACAGACCUUCCAUUCCUCAAAGGCCUCUAUGUGGUGGGGACUUUAGAGUUCCCUGUGGACAGAAGCAACGUUCUGAGUGUGGCCUGCAUGGUCAUUGCAGGCGGGGAACUAAAAGUCGGUACUUUGGAAAAGCCCUUACAAAAAGAACAAAAGCUUCUGAUUCUCCUUAGAGCCUCAGAAGGAGUCUUUUGUGACCGUUUCAAUGGAAUUCAUAUUGAUCCAGGAACAAUUGGAGUAUAUGGGAAACUUCAGCUUCACAGUGCUUAUCCUAAGAAACCCUGGACAUGGCUUGGGGCUGACAUUGCUUCAGGCAAUGAGAGGAUUAUAGUAGAGGACGCCGUGGAUUGGCGACCCCAUGACAAAAUUGUGCUUGGGUCCUCUUCCUAUGAGCCUCACGAAGCAGAGGUCCUCACUGUGAAAGAAGUUAAGGGCCACCAUGUUCGGAUCCAGGAGCGGCUCAAGCACCGGCACAUUGGAAGCGUACACGUCCUGGAGGAUGGCCCAUCCAUUCGUUUGGCUGCUGCGGUUGGACUUUUGACCCGAAAUAUACAAAUCCAGUCUGAUACUUUGUGUAGGGGGAGACUGCUGGUGGGGUCCUUCAGGAAGUCCAGCAGAGAAGAAUUUUCAGGUGUCCUUCAACUUUUAAAUGUAGAAAUUCAGAACUUUGGCUCAGCAUUGUUUUCAUCCAUUGAAUUCAUGCAUGUGUCGGCAGGAUCCUGGAUAAUAUCUUCUGCUCUGCACCACAGCUGCGGUGGGGGCAUUCGCGCAGUUGCCAGUCAUGGGAUCAUUUUAAAUGACAACAUAGUGUUUAGCACCGUUGGUCACGGCAUUGAUUUGGAGGGUCAGGCCUAUUCUCUCUCUAAUAACCUUGUGGUUCUGAUGACACAGCCAGUGUGGUCUACCGUUUGGGUGGCAGGCAUCAAAGUGAACCAGGCAAAGGACAUCAGCCUCCGUGGUAAUGUCGUGGCAGGAUCGGAGAGACUUGGCUUUCACAUCCGAGGCCAGAGGUGUUCCCCUCUUGAAGCUCUCUGGUCUGACAAUGUGGCCCACUCAAGCCUUCACGGUCUUCAUCUCUAUAAGGAAAGUGGACUUGGCAACUGUACUAGAAUCUCUGGCUUUUUGGCUUUCAAGAACUUUGACUACGGUGCCAUGCUACAUGUGGAGAACAGCAUGGAGAUAGAGAAUGUCACUCUGGUGGACAACGCUAUCGGUCUUCUGGUGAUAGUAUAUGUGUCUUCUGCUUCACAGCCUUCAAUCGAAAAUGUGCAGAUUGUGCUUAGGAAUUCAGUCAUUGUGGCCACUAGCUCCUCUUUUGACUGCAUUCAGGACAGGGUUAAGCCUGGCUCUGCCAACUGGACAUUAAUGGACCGAGCUCCUUCCAACCCCAGAGGGGGUCGAGUUGGUAUUCUGUGGCCAGUGUUCACCUCAGAACCAAAUCGGUGGCCUCAGGAACCAUGGCACAAAGUGAGAAAUGGCCGUUCAGUUUCAGGAAUCAUGAAGCUUCAAGAUGUCACUUUUUCUAGUUUUGUGAAGAGUUGCUAUAGCAAUGACCUAGAUGUAUGCAUUCUGCCCAAUGCAGAGAACACUGGAAUCAUUCAUCCCAUAACAGCAGAGAGGACCAAAAUGCUAAAGAUCAAAGAUAAAAACAAGUUCUACUUUCCUCCUUUACAAACCAGGGAAGAUUUAGGAACACUGGUCUGCCCUGAAUCCGUUUGUGAAAGUCCAAAAAAAUAUCUCUUUAAGGAUCUCGAUGGGAGAGCCCUGGGUCUACCUCCACCGGUUUCUGUGUUUCCUAAAACUGAGGCAGAAUGGACUGGAUCCUUCUUCAACACAGGUACAUAUAGAGAAGAACAGAAAUGCACCUACCGAUCCCUGAUACAAGGCUACAUCUGCAGAGAGACUGACCAAGUGAUCUUAAUUCUUGACACUGUUAAUGCCACUUGGGCAGUGAGGAAGUUAUAUCCUGUUGUUUCUGUGACUAGUGGUUUUGUUGACACCUUCAGUAGUGUAAAUGCCAAUACUUCCUGCUCUACUUCAGGGUCUGUAUCCACUUUCUAUUCCAUUUUACCCACCAGGGAAACCACCAAGGUCUGCUUUGUGGAUCAGACUCCUCACAUUUUGCGUUUUUUUCUAUUGGGGAACAAAAGUACCUCCAAACUUCUGUUGGCUGUAUUCUACCAUGAACUCCAGAGCCCCCGUGUUUUCUUAGGGGAAAGUUUCAUCCCACCUAUUCUGGUUCAAUCAACUUCCUCAUUGCUGGAUGAGUCUGUUGGUUCCAACUAUUUCAGCAUCAUGGAUAACCUCUUGUACGUUGUCCUACAAGGAGAGGAGCUGGUUGAAAUACGCUCAGGUGUUUCCAUUCAUUUGGCCUUCACUGUGCUGUUUUCAGUCCUAGAAAAAGGCUGGGAAAUGGUGACCCUUGAAAGACUAACUGAAUUCUUCCAGAUUAGCCGAGACCAAAUUAGAUUGAUUUAUGAUAUGCCUGGCAAUGAAGCAACCUUAAAGGCUAUUGCUGACCGUAGAGCAAAAAGAAAGCGCAAUUGCCCAACUGUACCUUGUGCCAGUUAUUAUAGAGCUGGUCAACGUAGACCUCUCAUGAUGGAAAUGAACUCAUACAGGGUUCCCCCACCAACCACCAUGGAAACUAUGUCAAAAGUGAUGGUCAUUGAAAUUGGUGAUCUGCCAACAGUAAGGAGCCCUGGAUGGAUUCCAUCCUUAUCUAGCGACAAAUUACAGAAUUUGGCUCACCAGGUUAUCACCGCUCAGCAGACUGGAGUACUAGAGAGUAUGCUGAAUAUGACUAUUGGGGCCUUACUGGUGACUCACUCAGAGGGAGUCAUUGGCUAUGGAAAUACAAGCAAUUUUAAAACUGGGAACUCGAUAUAUGUUCGACCCUAUGCUCUUUCAGUCCUAGUCCAGCCUUCAGAUGGAGAAGUGGGGAGAGAGCUUCCAGUACAACCACAGCUCAUUUUUCUGGAUAAGCAGAAUCGGAGAGUAGAGUCCUUGGGGCUGCCAUCAGAGCCUUGGGCCAUUUCUGUUUCCCUGGAAGGGACUUCAGAUUCAGUGCUGAAAGGGUGUACUCAGGCAGAAACUCGAGAUGGUUAUGUGAGCUUCUCCAACUUGGCAAUUUUGAUUUCUGGGUCAAAUUGGCGCUUUCUUUUUACUGUCACUUCCCCUCCAGGAACCAAUUUUACGACUCGAUCCAGGCCAUUCGCCAUCUUACCUGUGACUCGGUCAGAGAAGUCGACCAUCAUCCUGUCUGCCUCCCUGUGCUCAGUGGUCUCGUGGCUGGCUCUUUGCUGUCUGGUGUGCUGUUGGUUUAAGAAAAGCAAAAGCAGAAAUAUGAGGAUGAAGGUCAUGCUGGGCAAGCUGAACCAACUCCCCCACCAGUCAGUAAACGGGGUGUCCAGAAGGAAGGUUAGCCGCCGUGCUGUCCGAGAAGAGGGUGGUGGCCGAGAAGAGGCCGCAGUAUCUGCUCCCAGUACGACCACUGUCACAUCCCCUGGGCACACCUGUGCUCCAGGCUCUCCUGGUCAGCAGAUGUGCAUGCAGGAGGCUGGAAACUGGAAAGAGGCCCAAGAGCAGUUGCUGAGAUACCAGCUGGCAGGUCAAGAUCAGCUGCUGCUGCUCUGUCCAGACCUCAGACACGGGAGGCAGCAGAUGCAGGAACAGAGUCGGCUGGCCAAGGACGGUGGCAGCUCAGGAAGUUCCCAAGAGAAGAAAGCAUCCUGUGGUGCCAGCGAGGCGUUCUGCCUUCAUUCAGUCCAUCCAGAAGGUAUUCGGGAGCAGCUGUGACCCAGGAGCAGCGUGGGCCUUUGGGCUGAAAGUCGGAAUGUUCAACAUGUUUCUUGAAAAUGAACAGGGGAGAGGAGGCCUGACUUAUAUGGACACUAAAAAGGAAGGACAUGGAAUCUAAAAUCUCUUUUUUUCAACUUUGAAAUGGGAGAUAGUCAUAUAAAUGCUUGAAGAUUGAAAUAAUGCUAGACAUGUCUUUUGUAUUUAUUAUGGAUCUUAGUCCAAUGUCAGUCAAAUAAUAGUUUCCCAAGUAUUUGUUAAUAUUUUACUUGUUAAUUGAAGCCUGAUUUUGCCAUCUUAAUAAUGAUAUAACACUUACUUAUACCAGUAGGGGUUGGUAUUAAGCUUCCUUUAGGAGGACCACCCCAAAUUCUUUGGGCUUCCCUUAUUAAGGGGUCAUGAGAAGAUCUGGUCUGCUACGAUUAUUUCUGCAGUGUUACAGUAAGAUUUUUUUUGUCUUAUAGGAACAUUUGAAUGGUAAGAGAUCUAUCAGAACUUACCUUUUAACUAGAACACAACUUCCUGGGUUUUUCCAAGCUGAUUUAACUUUAUGCUUAAAUGCAAUCAUUAUUGGGAGCUCACAAUAGAGCAAACAUAUCAAGUUUUCACCUCAUGAGUACUGAUACAUGAAAAUUGAUAUUCUCAUGGGAUUUGCUGAGAUUUUUAAUUAAAUAUAAACAUACAAGAAAAGCAAGUUCGGGAAAAUAAAUUGUUUAUAGGUCAAAGUUAUUUCUAGAUAGUAGUAGUAACUGGGUUACUGGGUAAAAUUACAACUGGAAUUAAAAAACAAAACAAAACAAAACAAAAAAAAUAACCUGUGUGUUGGGAGACCAGGAUAACCAAGUGGCCAAAUGGAUUCUCAGUUAACUCAUUUAUCAGAGAACUGCUUUGGCAGAAAAGUACUUCAUAGAGCUGUCUGAUGAGGUGGGGAAGAGAUUACAUGUGCAGCCUUUCUGGGCUAUGCUAGAGGCUCUAAUGGAGGCCAGAGUGUGGGCCAACUGGUGUUAAGCUGGGUGAGGAUGCCAAUGGCAAUGUCACCUAAUUCAUACAUUUCCACAGGGCCCACUGUGUUCGUACUAAAGGGCACUUUAAGGAGCGUGACUGUGUCAUUGGCUCUGGAUCCAGAAGGCCCUGUGCUCCGAAGGAGUAAAGCAAAGACAGCAGAGGGGAACAGGAUUUUCAGAAAGAACUUCCUCUCACCUUUUCCCUAAGUACAAAACCAGGAUUUUCCCACCUCCAGAAGGUUAAAGGGCUGUCCUGUGUUUGAUUUAGAACAGAGGAGGGAGACAGACUCUUCUAUGGCAGAAUUUUAAAUAAGGAUGCCCUGGAAUGAGCCCCAUAGAAAAUACUGGCAAAAAUUCAUCAUUACAGGGCGUCAAUGGGAAAAUAUGUGUCACCUUGCCAUGAGUUGGCAGGAGCUUUCUCGGCCUCUUUGUCCAUUCUUUCGGUGUCUUGUGACAUCUCAAACCUUCAAGCUGCCCCUAAAGGAGAUAGGCAGCCUCCUCCGUGGCACAGUGUUGAAUACAGAGGGAGGAACAAUUAGACGUACUUUCAAGAGAUCUUAAUCCAGACUCGCUGUGUUUAAGGAGGGCAUGGAUGGGCAAUAUGUCCUACAGACAUUAACUGUGGAGGCACAAAAUAGCUGCCUGAAGGGUAAAUCCCUUUGCAGACGUAUGUUUUUUGGGCACUAACAGUAUCUAAAAAAUAUAACAACAGAAAUAAUAACGUGAAUGGCUUAGGUGGGCUAUGCCUUCUCUAGUUUAAUUCAUCCCAGCUAUCACCUGUUCUUUAUCUCAUUUAUGUAGCUUCCUAGUCUGAGUAAUUUUGUUUGCAAUCUUUAGUCCUCAAAGAGCUGUGAUCUUUUUGUACAAAAACAUUUUAGAAGGUAAGGCUUUUGAGGAUUAUACAAUGGUAGGAGUCUUAGCACUACCUACUGAGGUCUGUCUACACAUUCUCCCUUUCACUCUGGUGACUUCUUUCACCACCUCAAAUUCCAGCCUAGAUUUCUUUCCCGAGCUCUGUGCCGUAUACUUAGCUGCCACUGAGAACUAUCCGCUCGGAUGCCCUGCAGCCUCUACGCCUUGACAUGGCCUCACAGCCCCCUCCUCCUCACGCUUUCCCUAACGCAAUACACCAUGUCCCUGCACUCAGACCAGGCAUCUAGAAAUGAACCAUGAUUCCAUGUUCUAUCUUACCCUUCCCAAAGGGUCAGCUACCAGCUCUGUUAUUUCUAUUCCUUCUUUACUCUUCUCCUAAUUUUUACUAUUGUCUUAUCCAUCCUCCCUGUGCCAAAAGACUCACCUUUCUGGAAGGCAAGUUUGAUUCUAUCCUUCUGUUUAGGAAUAAUUAUAAUAGCCUAUUAAUUCUACCCCCAGCAAACCCGGAUCCCUGUGGUCAGAAUGGAUUCUUUGGCUCUGAACAACAGCCACAAACAUCCAGAGUAACUUGCAGGGUUCUCGAACGGGGCAUGGAAUUUCAGAGUCUGGCCAGAAUUGCCCAAACCAUAGUUAAGCCCAUCCUCUUUUUCCUUCUCAAAAAAUGAGAGAAUUGUGUAAAUGCUGGAAACAAAUAGAACAGCUCAUAAUUCAUUCAUGUCUGGAAAUGAGCUGAUUAGAUAAAGCAUAACUAUAGGUUGGCCAAUAUUAAACUUAUUAAGACCAUUAAUAUGGGUAAUCCAGCAAGUAUUUUAAAGCAGUGACAACCCUUUAUUCAAAUAAAUAAUUGAAAAAUAUCUUGUUCCUGUGUUAUUCCAAAGAAUCUAUUUCUGCCUCCCAUUUCUGAUUUUUAUAUAAGGUGAACUCCUUUCCCCCAAGAUUCUGAACAAACUAAAAUUCUAGAUAGUUUAAAAGAAUUGUAAAUGUUUAUGGGUAUUAAAGUUGAGAGAAGAAUGAAGGAAAUUAGGGUAGUUUCCACCAUCUCUUGGGUUUUGGGGAUUGUGUUCAGGGAAAGUACCAGACUGUGACCGAACUUCAUAUCUCAGGGUAAGUGACUGAGCCAAUCUGACCAGGGUUGUGUCCUGCAGCAAACAUGCCCAUGUUAUUGCCCAGUGAGGCUACUGAAUACCAAAAGGCCUUUAGCUCCCUCAGGACCCAGUCCUUUCCAUUAUUACCUAGUUGAAUCACUCCCUUCUGUCUUGCUGUCUGACUCCCAAAGUAUAAAAUUACUAUACAUUGAAAUGUAUGCAAACUCUAUGCAAAAAUGAGUAUGGGGAAAUUGAAUGUAAAUUACAUGCAAAUAUUCAAUCAAGAUUCUAUAAAAUUGUAUAUGUCAAUAACAGUAAAGGAUUUUAAUUAAUUCUGUCUUUAAAACUCAUGCAUUUAUUCCAUAUUUUGUUUCUGGAAUUUAUAAUGUAUCAGUGUCAACUUUGAAAGAGCUAUAAGCAAAAGGAAUUAUACUACUGAGCAUAGAAGAGUUGAUUUCAACAUACACUAUAGCACUGUGACUAAUUACAUAUAUAUUUGAGAGACAAGUCACAUUUCCAGAAUGUAAUUUGUUAAAAAAUAAAUAAAACGUUUCUAUGAAGUUGAAUGAGAUUUAAGUGGUAAAACACAGACUUGCCUGUUUACAAAUAUUCUUCUGGCUUUGUUAUUUAUAGUCCUCAAUAAAGACCAAGAUUUCUUUGCUUGGAACAAUUCAAGAAAAAGUAGAUUCUGCCCAUCAAUCUGGUCUGCUUUGAGACAGAAGGUUCAUUUAAUGCAGUUGUAGGACUUUCUGAAAUCUAAUUGGAUUUGAAAGAGUGAUUCUUUAAUUCUAUAUAGGCCCCUUCAGAUCUCUUCACAAAUUGUUUGAAAGACUUUUAUUCACACAUUUCAUUACUUCCUCGGUUUUCAUUCACUGCACCAUGGACUUCCCUC